AUGCCUGAUGAGCCGCUUAACAAACAUCGAAACGUAUCGCAUAAUGACAUCCACGAAACAUCCGAAUCCCUACUAACACCCGAUGAGGCCCUUAAUCGCAAAUUCGCCAACAGUAAUGCCACUCAUUCGGAACUGGUGAGGGCGGUACGUGAAUCCCUGCGGGAAUAUGAACUCUAUAGGGAAAGGCAGAAACGAUCAAGGGUCAAACGAGCUUCUGCCAAACGAGUGUGUUACGAUGAAUUGGGUUGCUUUGAAGAUUCCGGUCCAUUCGCCUAUUUGGAAAUGUUGCCAUCACCGCCCCAAGAAAUCAACACCAAAUUCUUUUUCUAUUCGACAAAAAAUCGUUCGGAACGACCACUCAUGGAAUUGCCUUUCCUCAAUAUGUCUGAGGCCUUUAAGAAUACCAAAUCGUAUCAUCGUAAGAGAAGUCUGAAUGGCACCGAGAAUCCCGAAAUGGCCACAGAACAGCCAACAACAACAGCCAUGCCCAUACGCAAGACAACAACCUUCCAUAAGGUUCCGAUUACCCUGGACGAUUUGGAUGGUUUCGAUGAAAUGUCCGUGAGGGUUAUUGUGCAUGGUUUCGGCUCCGCAUGUCCUCAUGUUUGGAUCUAUGAAAUGAAGACCGCCUUGAUGGCAGUGGAAGAUUGCAUUGUCAUCUGUGUGGAUUGGGAGAAUGGGGCCACCUUCCCCAAUUAUGUCAGAGCUGCCACAAAUACCCGUUUGGUCGGCAAACAACUGGCCAUGUUGCUGAAAAAUCUCCAAGAAUAUAAGGGCUUAAAUUUGGCCCGAACCCACAUCAUAGGUUUUAGUUUGGGUGCCCAUGUUUCGGGUUUUGCUGGAGCCGAACUACCAGGCCUGGCUCGUAUUACCGGUUUGGAUCCUGCAGGACCUCUCUUUGAGGCACAACAUCCUAAAGUUCGAUUGGAUAGUAGCGAUGCAGAAUUUGUUGAUGUCAUCCACUCGAAUGGAGAGAAUUUGAUAUUGGGUGGUUUGGGUUCGUGGCAACCCAUGGGUGAUGUUGAUUUCUAUCCGAAUGGAGGAAGAGUUCAGACGGGAUGCUCAAAUCUUUUCGUGGGAGCUGUGACCGACUUUAUAUGGUCUGCCCAAACUGCGGAGGAGGAAGAGGGUCGUUCCCUGUGUAAUCAUCGUCGGGCCUAUAAAUUCUUCAUUGAUUCGGUGGCUCCGCGCUGUUUGUUCCCCGCCUUCCCCUGUGCCAGUUAUGAAGACUUUUUAAAGGGCAAGUGCUUUCCCUGUGCCCAAGAUGACGAGGAUUUGGCUGAAGGUGUACCCCGCUGUGGUAAUAUGGGCUAUUAUGCUGACCGGUCGUCGGGACGAGGCCAAUUGUAUCUACUGACGCGAGAAGAGGAACCAUUCUGUGCCCAUCAGUUCCAGCUGCAAAUAUUUAAUUCCUUUAAUGAUUUGCCAUUGAGGACCAUUGGUCGAUUGGAGGCCAUACUGGAGGGAGAGGGGGGACUCAAUGAGACGUUCCAGAUAUCAGAAAAAGAUGAUUCGGAAUUCUUUGCCGGCGACAUUGUAUCCAAAAUCAUUGUGCCACAUCCAGCUCUGGGCUUUCCAACAACCCUUAGCCUGAACUACAAACACUAUAGCGGCUGGCUAUCCAAGGGUCUACCCCAUUGGGAUAUAGACAAGGUAAUCCUAACCGAUAGCUAUGGUCGCAGCCAUUCCCUGUGCAAACCCAAUACAAAACUGUCCACCGGCAGCCCGGUGCGCCUGAAAUUGCAACCCGGCAAUUGUGAACUUGACAACCAGGAUGAAUACGGCGCCUUUACCUCAAAACCUGUAACAGAAGCUCCAGCCGAUUCCACAGCCCAAGAGAGUGUACAAGCACCCGAAGCAGAUGCCGAUGCUAUUGAAACCAUAAAGAAGCAUAAAAAUUUCCUCAACCUGGGCUCCAGCUUCAAGCUGGGUGAAAAUCAAUCCUUCACCUUGGAGGAGAAUGGCGAUUUGCCCUGGCAACCCAUAUUGGAGGGUAAUUCGUUGGACAAGGAACAAGGAGAAACUAGUCGCAGCUUUUCUGAACAACCCCAAGAGAUAUUUGAGCCCAUUUUAAAUGAUCGCAGAUUAAAUGUAAAUCGUGGUAGGAAUUUGAAUGAUUUCACGGGGGUGGGCGAGAUUAUGGAACCGGUAUUGAAGGCCACCACACCCCGGGUGAAGAAGGGCAAGGAAAUAAUUUUACCUGAUCCGCAGCCCAUAACUGAUCGCCCCGAUAAAUUUGAGAUAAUCAAAAUAACCCCCUUAAAUAAACAGGAGAGGCCGAAAUCUGCCACGGAGGAAACAGAAACUGUGACCGUGCAAUUGUUCCCCUUCCGCUUGGGAGAAUUAUUGCAGCGGGCCGAGAGAUAUGCCCGAGAAACGAUACUCCCCUUGAUAUCGGUACAGGCACCACGUUUCUUUGGUUUUAAUGUCGGUCCUGCUGCUGCUGCCGGCCCCAAUGCAGAGAGCCUUAAAUCGGAAACUCGUAAACCCCGCUAUAUACCACGCUUUGAGGAACAUCAGCCUCAGAUGCUUAGCGCAAAUAAAAGGAAACGUACCAAUUCUGAUUCUCAGAGGGAACAACGUAAUAUAUUUGCUCUCCUUAGGCCAAUGGGUAUUAUGGCCAAUGCACAACCCGAGCCCAUAGCCCAAGAGUCACAAGAUUCACCCACAUAUUAUACAAAUAUUGUUAUGACCGAAUCGAGAGCAUUGAAACCGGAAAAUCCCGACUAUGAACCGGUAUUUAUUGAUUUACCCACCUAUAGGCCACCCAGGGCUCGUACAGCACGAGCGGCAUUUUUUAACGCAUAUCACAGUAGUAGCAGAACGAAUUUAAAAAAAUCAUAG